AUGCUAACUCAAUAUGCUCCACGCCAGGACGAAAACGAACAAGUCUGUAUGUUCCGUCUCGGCAUCAGCACCCCCGAUGAUUCUACACCCGACCCCGAUUCUGAUAUCGAUUCGGGAGACGCAGAGUCCGGUUUGACAUCCGUCUCAUCCUCCUCAUCGGCUUCUCAAUCACAAUCAAAAUCGCAAUCAAGCACGGAAAUGAAGUCGGAUGAUGAAUCGUCUGAUUCUGACCUCGGAAUCGAAUCAGAUGAUUCGGACGGUGACUCCAGUCCACCCAUGUCCAUGCUAAUAAAUGCACUGAACUCGGGUCCCCUCGCCGACGAAGACGAAGACGGAGACCCAGACUCAGCUUUGGACUCGGGAUCAGAUGUCGAUGCUGACACGGGAACUAAUGUGCACCCUGAAUCCACCGCCGUGGUUUUGAGUCUAGGGACUGCAGUAGCGUCUGCGAUGCCCCUUGACACGACGAACAAGGAUGAGACUUCUAGUGUUCUAGCUUGGGAUACUUCGACGCGAGUCUUGUCUUCGGCGGUAGUGGAGACGAGCAGCGCUACUGCUGUGAAUAAUGCUAAUGAGCCGACAUCAUCGGCUCUUCCAUCGCAAUCUAUUUCGGAGGGGCUUAAUGCCAGCGCGACAACUUCUGGCAUUGAUGGAACUUUUACCGGUGGGUCUAUGCGGAUUGGGAGAGAAUCAGGCUUGGAAGGAGGGAUGGUAAGAAUCUGGUUGAUUUGCGGUGUAUCUUUUGUGGUUUGGGUUGUGUUGUGA